AUGUACCUCAAGCUCAGUGAAGCCACUGCGCUCAACUUCCUUGGUCCUCUUAUUGCUAUGAUCCUCAUAAGAUACUUGGACUUUGGCACCUUUGAAGUAGUCGAUAGAAUUGGCGCCCUCGUCGCGCUUGUUGGCGUCAUUCUCGUCGUUCAACCUGAUGGCCUAUUCGACCAUAAAGCAGCCAUCUUGAGCGCUGCCCAGACAGUCACCGGGGGAGACACGAAGGGUCGUAUGAUGGGCUUCGGUUUUGGUCUACUAAGCGUCUGUGGAGGAGCAGUGAGUAUUUUGCCCAUGGAGACAAGGCCUUCGCUGAUUCCGCAGGUCGCACUGACAGCAAUCCGAUCAAUCGGCCCACGGGCGCAUCCGCUCUUCAGCGUGAACUACUUCGCGUGGACCGUUGUCUCACUCACAUCCAUCUCAUUCAUCCUCAUGAAGAGCAUUCAUCUCACGAGAGACCCCAUCGCCUGGCUGAAAUUGACGCCACUUGGUGUCUUUGGUUUCACGAUGGCCGUGGAGCAGAGUGUGUCUGAAGAAGACGAAGAGUCUGAUGAAGAGCUUGUAGAGAUGCCACCCAAUAGCUCCUCGGUGGUAUGA